AGCGAUGUUUCUUUCUUUAAGCCACCAGCGCUUAAAAAUGAAAAUUUAGUUCCAUUUUCUUCUUAUCGCUCGUAAUUUCAGGUGGCUGAACGACUUAUUAUUUUUGGUUUUUAUUAUCAACAGAUCUUUGGACUAAGAAUGAUGGCUUCAGAUAAAGCAUCACCCCCUAGCUCUUGUGAUACGUUCGUGGCAUUGCCACCAGCAACAAGCAAUGGACAAGUUAUUUUCGGCAAAAACUCCGAUCGACCAGGUUUAGAAGUCCAAGAGGUGGUCUACAUACCAGAAAUGGAUCACAGUCCAGGGUGUAAGGUUCAGUGCACCUACAUAGAGAUGGAUCAAGUUCCUCAUACUCAUGCAGUAAUACUAAGCAAGCCUUCAUGGAUGUGGGGAGCAGAAAUGGGAUCUAAUGACCAAGGUGUUUGCAUCGGCAAUGAAGCUGUGUGGACAAAACUUAAUGGACCAGAAGACCUUAAUGAAAAGCUUCUUGGUAUGGAUAUACUUAGGCUUGCACUUGAACGAGCAUCAUCUGCUUCUGAGGCGGUUGAUAUAAUUGGUCAGCUUCUGGACUCGCCAGGCCAAGGUGGACCUUGCAGUGAAGAGCCUGGUCAGCAGGCCUGGAGCUACCACAACAGCUUUCUUAUCGCAGAUGGCAUGAAUGCCUGGGUCCUUGAGACAGCUGGCAAGUACUGGGCAGCUGAACACAUAACAGAGGGAGUACGAAACAUCUCCAAUGAGCUGACAAUUGGCACCAAGAUAGACCGUUGCAGCCCCAACCUUGAGGAGGAAGCAAGAAAAUUGGGACUUUACACAGAAAGCAUGGGACCCUUCAAUUUUUCUGCUGUCUUUUCUGAGAGCGGGAAGGUUCCAGAGAACCGAAUGUCAUUCAGGUACCGUCAUGGCCUCAAGAUGCUGAAGGAUCUCUCUGCUUCUGGUAAGUUUGGUGUGCGAGACAUGUUCAAGAUUCUCAGGGAUGAGGAAAGUGGAAUCUGCAUGACAGAUGGAGGAUUUGUAUCAACUGGCAGUCAGGUGUCAGUUCUGUCCCCGCAGGGUUCGCCAUCUCCAUGCUGUCACUGGUUCACAGCUACUCCUAACCCCCUCACCUCUAUUUACAAACCUUUUAUCUUCACUUCAAAAGCUGCCAUUGGAACCUCCACAUUAUCCCCAGACUUUGGAGAGGAGGAUCCUGCUCGAAAAUCACCUCGCUUUCAAUCACAGGUGGACCGACGCCAUGCAUUAUAUCGAGGUCAUGAGACUCUUCGAGACAUGCUGGGCCGUGAAGAUCCCAAGGGUAUGGCGCUGCUGGAGAACCUGCGGGAGCUGGAAGAGAAGUGUGUGGAGGAUAUGGAGGAGACGCUUAUCUGCUGGCAGGAAGAGAAUGCUGCUAAAGUUGCCCACAUUUUUCAGCACAUGGCAAACCUUGAGCUCAACUUCUACAAGUGAUCUUCCUCUCACAAGUCUUGUAUGCUCUCCAGUGUCGCUUCUUAUUGUUGGGGUUAUUACUUUCUUCACAUAUCUCUAGAUUUCCAGCAGCAGAUGGAAUCAGUCAUCAUGUGGAAUGUGAAAAGCAUUUACCUAAACUAAUGAAGCAAGGUCACAAAGUUUAGUCAUGUGGGCUUUACAUGUUGUUACAGAAGGAAGAUCCUAAGAGUAUAAAUGAUUAUGGUAGUAGGCUCAGGAGGUUGUGUAUCAUAUAUUUUACAAACGGAGCUGAUCAUCAGAAGGUGUAGUUCAUGCUUUGAUUGUAAUUUUAUGUGUGUGUGGGUGUGUAAAAAUUACAAUUUUUGAAACCAAUUCCUGCUUACUUGACAUUCCUGUCUGCAAGUUUUGAACAUUCAGACAAGUAUGUUGCAUGUUUGAUGAGCUUUAUACUUCAUGCAGUCUUUGACAUAGAAGAUAAUAACAUCAUAUUUAUUGUCUUAAAAAUGUCUUAGAACAUGCAUACAUGUCGUGAUAGUUAUUGUUGUUACAUCUGCUUGUAAAACCAGUGAUUUUAAAUUUAUGUAUUUAUUUUUGUGCCAUUCAAAUCGCAAUGGAAUUUUUAUCCGAACAGCUAAAUGAACUUCCAGAUAGUUGUUAGACAUUGUUAUUGAUGUUGUUGGCAUAGACUUGGGAACUGUAGAACCCUAUUUAGAGUUAUUUUGUCAACUUGAGGGCAUGGCUUUUCAACAUUGAAUUUUUGCCUGUUUCUUAAUUUAUAAAUAUUUCAGACUGAUUCAGUGAUGUUUUGAGUUUUGGAAGGAUGUUUAGUCAGACUGAUUUGAUAAUUAAGUUUUAUCAUUUUAUUGUUCCUAGUUUUGAAAGAAUACACUAUUUAUUUUGUGUCUAUUCUAUCAGUCGCUUGAAAGAAAUGGAGUGAUUGUUGUUGGUGUACAGAACAGAAUGGAAACAUCACUGGAUUGGCUGAAAUGUAAAGUGAUUACUUUGUCACAUAUACAAAAGAUGUUCUUGUAAACAAAAAGACAGAAAAAAAUAUAUUUGCUCUGGUCUUUGAUCAAAGAAAUCAGUUAAAAGUGAGAAUCUUUCAAGUUGCGAUUGUUAAGAUGCUACAUCUUUAGAGGAUAAAGCCGCUUCUUUCGAUGCCACAUUCCAGGUGCCAUAUUUGAAUUUAUAGAGUCGCUACAAUUGGAGUUUAAAAAGUCCAGUAUAAUUUACCUACGUCCACAAUUUUCAGACCACCUCUUGUGAUCAAAAGUGUGCAAUAUUUCUUUGAUGAGACUCAGUUUUCAAAUGUUUGCUUCCUAUUCUACUUGAUGCAAACUUUUUUUUAUUAAAGAUAGAUUGGAACAUGC